AUGCGCACUAUAAUCCCCUUCGACUCGUCCCCUCUCCUCCAGAUGGCCUCUACCGCCGCAACCUCUACCCACGACCAUCUACCGCCUCCCGUCCACGCUCAGAUGUCUCGCCCAGCCUCACCGCACCAGCCCGAUCUCAACUCGCUCGUCGCGAACCACCACAUCCCCGCCCACCCACCCCACCCCUCACAUCCAUCUCUGUCGCAAGGUCGCUCGAUCGACAUGUCCAGCGCCGAUCAAUUGCAGUCUAUUUUUGAAGCAGCCAAACAAGUUCCUGUACCUACGAGCGGGCAGAUCCCGCUGUACUCUUUGCCGCCACCUCCGCCUCCACCAUCACAUCAGCAGCAGCAGCAGCACGAUGGAUCUAAUUCCCUCCCUCAGCGGGCGGGCCAGAAACGUAGAUUGGAGGACACAGAUACGGAGGAUCCUCAUAACAAGAUACGCCGCGUCGUCAGGGAACAUAUUACCGCCGACCAGGGGCGCGUCAUGAACAUGACGACUGUCAUCUGCCUGCAUGCAGCCGUCGCGCAAAAGUCAUAUGGAAGCGAGAAGCGCUUCCUAUGUCCACCGCCUGUAGUCCACAUUGAAGGGCCUGUAUGGAAUAUGAAGACGCAGCAAAUGGCUAUGGCUGUGGUCACCGAGACGGGGGAACGUUCGUUCGAGCAGAAGGCGCCAUUAGAUCACAACCUAAAUGCUAGCUUCAAGUUCUUGCAUGUAUCUGGGACGGCAAAGACAAAGAGUUUCCAGCUGUCGCUAGAUAUCGCGGAACCACCGCCAUCCGCUCCUGACGGUGGCGACGCGGGCUCAGGACGAGUCUGGGCAUCGUUCGACUCUGCUCCAGUGACAAUCAUCUCCAAACCUUCGAAGAAGACGGCCAAGACGCGUAGCAUCUCGUCCUGCAUUCUGGCUGGAGGUCCUGUGUCGUUAUUUAAUCGCAUCAACUCCCAGACUGUACGCACGAAAUACAUGACCGUUGACCAUGGACAGCUUUCCGCGAGCAAUAUAUCGUGGUCCGCCUUCAAUGUGAAUGUUAUAACGCGCCCACCUCCUACGGACAGCGAUCCUGGUCCGCUCGCUGGUCCUGGUCCACAAACCGUCGUCUAUGGCAGCAAGAUCGUCUUGACAGAGACAGUCACCGGAACAUCCACCCCUCCUUUAGUUAUUCGUAAGGUCGACAAAGGGAGGAUCGCCCCUGAUGACGGAGGUCCCGUCAGUCAGAUGCAGAAGAUCGCUCUGCAGAGGAUCAACCCUGACGGCAGCAGGCAUUACUUGUCUGCGGCGGGCCCAGUUCCCGGCACUCCCGGUGUAGUCGUCCCCCCUUCCGCGGGGAUGUCCAAUCAAGCUGGAUCGCACCCGCUUGGUUUCCAGGCGCCUCGUGUGCGGGAAGAAGUGAAGGAUGGCCAGACGAUCAUGAUUGACGAAGUCGACGACUACCUCUGUUGGACAAUUGUCGGAAUCUCAAAGUUCCAAUACACGUUCUUCGAUGCAUUUGGCCAGAAUUCAAGGAUACCCGAUCUGCCUAUUACACCCUUCCCCACGUUGUUCACAGCACCGUUGUAUCGUUCUCAGCAGAAUAUGCCACAGCAACAGGUCGAUGUGCUUGAGCUGACGGCGGCGAACUUUUUCUAUCACAAUCCGGCAACUAACACGGUUGAUCCUCUUGAUGUUUACCUUGGUCCCCUUGGUCCACUACGACUGCGUGUGUACCAGGCCGCUGCAGUGGGUAUAACCUCAGCCGCUGGGCCGUCCUUCAUUUCACCCUCCGCAGGCGAAGGUCCGAUCAGAUUUGUCCCCACUGCGGGCACUUAUGGUCCCCAAUCCACCCCUAGCAACCCUACCGCUGGGCCACUCCAUGCGAUCGUCGUUGUCGAGAUGCCGUCCAAGGGAGAAAUGCUAAAGGCUUUGGAGGAAGACGCGUUGCCUACGAACGAGGAAGCUGCAGACGCAGCUGCCGGCAAGCAGCGGUCCAAGCCGGAAAGGAUUUCAGGCAGGAGCCUUCCCUUGCUAUUCAUCCGCGCGUAUGAUGGUGUUGGAUACCAUUCUGGCAGGGCGAUCGCGUGUGAAUAUCUGUUCAAGGACAUGGACAUCGGUGUCAGCAGCACCACCAACGGGGAGAAGAGAGACUGGGCGGCAGAGACGGCGCAACAUCUCUCGGAAAACAGCCUGCACAAUUGGAUCUUCCGAGUGAUGUAA